AUGAGUAGUGCCAAAAAACGCAAAAUUUUCGAAGAGAAUCGUACGUCCCAACGAAAAUUGGAAAAUCAAUAUUUCUUCAUCGAAUUAAAAGGCAAACCUCAGUGCAUUAUUUGUUAUCAAGUACUCGCGGUAUCAAAAGAAUACAAUAUUAGUAGGCAUUAUGAAACCCAGCAUAAAACAAAAUACGACAAAUAUCAAGGUGAAGCUCGCAAUACUCUUGUAAAAGAACUUAAAGCUAAAUUGAAUAAACAAAAAUCUCUAUUUACAAAACCGACAGCUGUUCAAUCACCAAGCUUAGCAGCAUCAUAUGAAGUAUGUUUAGAGCUUGUCAAAAGUAAAAAAGCAAAAGUAAAAUAA